AAGCUUUCUUACAAUAACUUCAUAACAAAACAAGAUUUUGAAGUAAAACAUAAAAGAAAAUAAACCCUAAGAAUAUAUCGAAAAUGAUCAAAGGGCUCUUGUUGGUUUUUUUCUUUUUAAUCACUGCAAAGACUUCUGUUUCACGUCCGUUUGCAUGGUCGAGAGGUAACAUGCCAGGCGAAAGUGGGUCGGGCCGUGGGCCGAAUUGGGAGUACAAUUGGGGUUGGGGCUCUGCUCCAGGAUCUGGAUGGGGUUACGGGGCAGGCUCAGGUAGAUCACCAACAGGAUGGGGAAGAGGAUCCGGAUACGGUUAUGGAUCUGGAUCGGGAUCAGGUACCGGGUAUGGAUAUGGUUCUGGAGGUGGUGGAGCACGUGGUGGUGGAUAUGGUUACGGAAGCGGAAAUGGUCGGUCUGGUGGCGGUGGUGGUGGUGGUGGUUUCAACGGUGAAGUUGCCGCUUUGAGCCAUGGUAGUAAGAUUCAUCCGUAAGGACGUUUGAUUUGGUAAUUUCUCCCAACUAUAAUAUUUUGGGAGGAGUAUAAGCGUUUGCAAUAUUAAAAGAUUAUUAGGUUUGGACUUUGGUCCUCUGUUAAAUGUAACUUAUCUUCCUUUGCCUUGUAUGCUUUUUAUAUAGAUUAUGCGCUCGACGUAUCUUAUAAUGUCUGCAUGUCUCUUAAGUGUGAUCUCUUUUCUUUCUUUUUUUUGGUAUCAAUAUUAAGUAUAUUUAGUGUUUUUGGUAUGUGUUUGAUCAUUUGAUGAAAACAAAUAUUAUCAGAUUUGCAUUUAGUUCAACUUGUAUCGAGUAAAGAAACCAAUCUCUAGAUGUACAAAACAAAUUCCAAGCUAACAUCACUAAUCAAGAACCCUCGGAUAUAUAAAAAGGUUUUACAUCACACAACGUGAUAACGACCCAAUGCAUAAAUAUAAUCAAGCAGCAGCGAGUUGCUUCUUGUUGUGGUGAGUAGAUAAAGAGUCUUCCUCGUGUGGAUACAUCACAAGUUUCGUCUUAGAAGAGAUUUUGAAUGAAGAAGGUUCAAGAAACAGAGACUUCAUCUUCAUCAACAUCGCCAUCUCUCUUUGUAGAAAACAACAAUAGUUAUUGAAAGUAGAAACGGUGACGUUUAACUCAAACCCAAUUCCGAACAAGAAGUCAAGCUCAAGCAUGUUCAUUUCUUCUCUGCUUAUUCCUCCAACUUUUGCAUAAUAUUCAUUGUUGUAACUCCUAAAAUUGUUACACAAAGAUAUUAACAAUUAAACAAAAUGUUAACUCAUUAGUAAAUUUCAAAAAGUUAAU